CCAUCAGGGGCGGGGCCUCGACGCUUUCUCCGCGCUCAAAGGGGCUAGAGAGCCGUGAAUUUCGCGUGCGAGAGCGGAAGAAAGCCGGACAGUGCCCCGGAAGCAGUCGCUGCAACUUCCGGGAGGGGUUUGUACGCGUUGUGCGGGAGCUACGGGGCCCAGAUACUGUGUAGAAGUGGUGUACCAAUAUGUCCCGUGGUUCCAGCGCCGGUUUUGAUCGCCACAUUACCAUUUUUUCACCCGAGGGCCGGCUCUACCAAGUAGAAUAUGCUUUUAAAGCUAUUAACCAGGGUGGCCUUACAUCAGUAGCUGUCAGAGGGAAAGACUGUGCAGUAAUUGUUACACAGAAGAAAGUACCCGAUAAGUUAUUGGAUUCCAGCACAGUGACUCACUUAUUCAAGAUAACCGAAAACAUUGGCUGUGUGAUGACAGGAAUGACAGCUGACAGCAGAUCCCAGGUACAGAGGGCACGCUAUGAGGCAGCUAAUUGGAAAUACAAAUAUGGCUAUGAGAUUCCCGUGGACAUGCUGUGUAAAAGAAUUGCUGACAUUUCUCAGGUCUACACACAGAAUGCUGAAAUGAGGCCUCUUGGUUGUUGUAAGUAUGCUAAGAAGUCUCCCAAAUAAUUGAUGAAUUACAACUUUUUUAAAAAGAAAACACAGAUAAAAG